CUUAUAAAUAGAGAGCAUCUUACAUACAAUAUCUAUCAUCAAAAACUUGUAAGAUAAAAUGGAGGAUUUGAAUUUCUACCCAAUCUCCCUCUCCCUUGUUGCUCUAAUCUACGCAUGCUUCUUCAUCAGAAGACUGAGCUCAAGCAAGUCACCAUCGCCGCCAUCUCCGCCUUCUCUCCCGAUCAUCGGAAACAUCCACCAACUCGGCAAGCUCCCUCACCGCUCCCUCUCGAAGCUAUCCCAAAAACACGGCCCGCUCAUGCUCCUCCGCUUCGGCCCGAAGCCCGUCCUCGUGGUCUCGUCCGCCGACAUGGCGAGGCAGAUCCUCAAAACCCACGAUCGCGCGUUCGCCGACAAGCCCGUGAUGGAAUUCCUCAACAGACUCUUCUACGGCGGGAACGACGUCAUCAACUUGCCGUACGGCGACACGUGGCGGAAGCUCCGGAACAUCAUCCUCCACGAGCUGCUCAACAGCUCGAGAGUGAGGUCGUUCGGGUCCAUCAGAGAAGAAGAGACGUCGCUUUUGAUGGCAAGGAUCGAAGAGCUGAGUGCCGCUUCUCAGCCUGUGAACUUGUCGGGGAUGCUGGUGGCGGCGGUGAGUGAUUUGAUCACUCGCGCCGCCUUUGGGAAGAAGUAUAGUGAGACUGAACGUGGGAGGAUGUUUCUGGAAUUUGUGGAGGAAGCUUCUGGAAUGUUCGAAUUCACGCUGCGGGAUUCUUUUCCGUUGCUUCGUUGGAUCGAUCGUUGGAACGGCCGCGGCGCGGCCGUUGAUAGGCUUAUGGAGAAGAGGGAUGCGAGUCUUGAUUCAAUUAUUCAAGAUCACUUGCAAAGUUCGGAUGCAAGUAGAGAUAAUAUUAUGGGGAUUUUGCUUGGGAUUUACAAUGGUGACAUUCCUGGUGUCUCAAUUGACCUCAUGUCGGUCAAAGGUGUGAUUUUGGAUAUAUUCGUUGGUGGAACUGAAACUACAACAACUGCAUUAAUAUGGCUAAUGACAGAGCUGAUGAGGCACCCGGCGGUGAUGAAGAAACUGCAAGAUGAGAUACGGGGUACAGUGAAAGGAAAAAAUCAUGUGACCGAUGAGGACUUGCAGGAAAUGCCCUAUAUGAAAGCCGUCAUCAAGGAAUUGAUACGUUUGCACCCUCCACUUCCGAUUUUCUCACGUGUUGCAAGGGAACACGUAAAUCUAAUGGGGUAUGAAGUCGCUCCCAAGACGUUGGUUUUGAUCAACGCAUGGGCUAUUGGGCAGGACCCUAACUAUUGGGAAGAGCCGGAGAAGUUUAUGCCCGAGAGAUUCUUGGAUUCAUCCAUUGACUUCAAGGGACAUGAUUUCCACUUGAUUCCAUUUGGUUCUGGGCGAAGAAUCUGUCCAGGCUAUGGAUUUGCGACCGCUGCCAUUGGGCAUACGGUCGCAAAUCUCAUGCUUAGGUUUGAUUGGGCAUUGCCCAAUGGAGCCCAAGGAGAGGACUUGGAUGUGACCGAGCGACCAGGAUUUGCAAUUGGGAAGGAUAUUCCACUCAUUGUUGUUGCAACAAUUAAUCCCAACAUCUAGCAAGUGCAAGUUGCAUGCAACUGCUGUACUAAAUAAUGAAGUGCAAGAUGAUCUUUUUAGAGUUUUAUUACUCAAAUAAAAUUUGCACAAAAUUUGAAA